AUGAAUUUUGUUGAAUGCUUUAAAGGAAGUAAUAAAAUUCAAUCAGAUCAAUCAACAUGGUGCAUCAUUUGUAAACGAAAGCGACAAAAAUCUAUCGCUUAUGAAAGGAUAAAUAUUCGUGACUUUAUGUCAUUAUGGUUUUUAGUCGUGAAACAUAAAUGUUUUAUGGGGAAAGAAUUUCCAUUCAUAAUUCUAUGUACUUUCGAUAUGAAUGGGUUCGAAGUAAGCUUUGAAAUUGAUUGCGUAGCUGAAAAUGGAUAA